AUGGGUUCCGAGUCUACGUCCGCUUCAGGAACGGACGGCGUGCUCAGCGCGCAUCAAAUCGCCCAAUUCCAUCGCGAUGGAUACCUGCUUCUCCCCUCCUUCUUCGACCCGACCGCGCUGCUCGAGCACAGCAAACACCUCAUCUCCACCUUCCCACUGGAGAAUCACCCGCUGACGGCCUUCACCACCUCGUCCGACGCUGAGGGGGAAGAAGCGCACGUUGGGGAUCGGUACUUUCUCGAAUCCGGAUCCCGCAUCCACUACUUCUUUGAGGAAAAUGCAGUCGAUCCAACCACCAAACAGCUCCUAGUGCCCAAAUCCAACGCCAUCAACAAAUGCGGGCAUGGGCUGCAUAUUCUCGAUCCACUGUUCAAGGAAUUCUCGUUUUCGACGAAACUGCAGAAUGUGGCGAACAGUCUGGACAUCCACAAGGAUCCUAGGGUUUUGCAGAGUAUGAUCAUCUGCAAGCAACCGAGUAUAGGAGGUGCUGUACCGAGUCACAAUGAUUCGACGUUCCUGUACACGGAUCCACCGAGUGCGAUUGGGUUCUGGUUUGCACUGGAGGACUGUACGGUGGAGAACGGAUGUUUGAGUUUCCUGGCUGGAUCUCAUCGUUGGCCCAAAGGUUCGAACCCCAAGGAAGCGAAGAGUUCGCGACCCAAAGAUGCACAUAACGAACCCCUAGGCGUGGCAAGAGGCGUGAACAAGCGAUUCGUUCGCAGAGAACCACGCAACCCCGACGCCGGAACAACCUUCCACCACCUGGAGCAAGAGGAAGAAGCCGAAUGGGACGAGCAAAAGGCCGAGAUCGCAGAGUGCAAAGCAGGAACGCUGGUGUUGAUCCACGGAUCGGUGCUGCACAAGAGCGAAAAGAACACGAGCAACAAGAGCAGAUUCAUCUACACGUUCCACAUGAUCGAAGGAGAUCCAUCAAGGGCGGAGUACGACGAGAGAAAUUGGUUGCAGCCAGAGGCAGGGCAGGAGUUUCCAAAGUUGUUUGGAUGA